GUUGAAUGUCUGUCUGUAUGAUCGACUCUAUUCAUUCUUCCUCUUUGAUGCUACAGGGACGAAAUCUCUCAAGAAGCACGCUCAACUCACACACCAACAAUGCCCACCCUGGAUCCCAGUGAGCCCGAGGCGGACCGCAGAGCGCCGCCCGUCGUCCGUCGCAGCGCCCUGGGCUGCACCAAAGUGCGAGACAGCUGCCACUCCUGUGCCACCUCCAAGAUCAAAUGUCCGAGAGAAAAGCCCUCGUGCUCCAAGUGCGUAUCCCGAGGCAUCGAGUGCCAGUACUUCUUUGCGAGGCGCCCGGGACGUCGACGCGACCACGGCUCGGGGCACCCGACCAGCUGUACCAGCAAUUCUUCCUCCCCGUCCUCUUUAUCCUCUUCCUCAUCGCCGAAUCCAAAGUCCAUUUCAGACAAUUACACUCAUGGCGCCCUCCCCCGAUCUGGUGACAAAAUUGAGGUCGUGGGACCUUCUCCCCAGCAGGGAUACGCGGCAAAAGGCACAGCUCCCUCCACCAGUUUCCCUGCGAGCAACGGCUCCCUCGAUACACCUCAGAGCUUCUUUAUGAUGGAACCUGCGCUGACGACUGAUAAUGUUCUGGGCCAAUAUUCAUCAGACCUCUCUUCCGUGCUGGCGGACUCGAAUACGUUUCAUUCGCUUCCGGAUUUUGACACCGGCCCCAACGACAUGGAUUUUAGCAUGCCGGAUUACUUUGAACAUCCCGCUAUCAACGGCGACGGUGAUAUCGGAUCGCUUCUCAUACCGGAGACCAUCAGUUUUGGCCUGAACGCGAUGGACUCCAAUGACCCUCUGAGUGCGCCAUUCGCCGUGUCGUCUUGGGUCCCCUCGCUUACUCCCAGCGUUCCAACGUCAUCUACUACAGACCCUAAUAUGAUGACGAUGAUGAUGAUGAUGAUGGGCGCGCCCCUUACCACCGACAUAUCCUGUAGCUGUGUGAGCCAGGCUCUCGAUCUGUUAAAGACGCUGUCUUCGGCUCAGUCGUCGUCCCCCGCCUCCUCGAUUUCCAGCGCGAGUCGUCCGGCGCUCUCGUCAGGCAUGACCGCUAUGGGCUCUGCGCAGGCGGUAUUGGUAGAGAACAAGCACCACAUUGAGACAGUAAGCAACCUGCUCUCAUGCUCUUCGUGCACCGAGGACGCCUUCCGGCUUGUAAUCGUCUCCAUGAUCGUGCUCAAGAUCCUGGAGCGCUACGCCUCUGUAGUACGGAUCCAGGGGUUCGGUUUCGGCUCAAGGGUAGGCAGCGUGGAGACUGACGCGGGACUGAGGUCACCAAACAGCAUGAUCUCUAGCAGCAAGGACCAGAUGAGGGCGUUGAGCCGUACAUACACCGUGCCCCGGGACGAUUGCGCCAGUGGGUACGCCCCCGCUCGGCUUGUCCUCGGCGAACUGCACCGGGUGCAAAGACUAGUGAAUCGGCUGUCACCAAAGCUAAGAGGCUGUAAGGAAGGCGAUGCUCGAGGCAUGGAGCACCCAAUUUGGGGCCGUCUCCAGGUAGCAAAUGGAAAUGACAAAACACAAUCAACACCCUUUUAUUCAGAUACGUUAGCUCAGAUGGAGAGCGACAUGCGGACCAGCCUCAGUUCCUUGUCUGCGCAUAUCAUCAACAGACUUGGACAGAAUUAGAAUGAAUGAUUAGACUCCUGGGCCGCCUUCACAACAGUAGAAUCUUCCUCUUUUCUGUUUUUUCCC